GAAAACAGUCACAACAGGAGUGCGGUGUGUCUGGAAUAGCAUUUUCUGAUAAAACUGUCGAACCUCUUGGUCCAGCCCUGUGUCUGUACACAUAUACAUUGAGAACUGCUAAUAAAAGAGAGCUUGCGCCGCCUGGCUCCGCUCUCGCUGCCAACAGGAGCUCUGUGCCCGCGGGUCUCUGUCUGUGUGCCCCGUUGUGUGCCCCCUGCGAGGCUCUCCAUCCAGCAGCGUGGCGGCGACCGCGCAGUCCCACGGCCAAUGAGCGCGUCCGCGACGCGAUUUAAAUCGUGGGAGAGAGCGGUGGCGCAGAGCGGAGCGAUGGCUACGAGAAAAAGCGAGGUGUUGGCGGCCGAGACCGUGUCGUGCCUGAACCGCGCGAUGGCCACGCUGCGGGACAUCUGGGAGGAAAUCGGCAUCCCCGAGGAGAUGCGCCUGGAGCGCACCGAGGUGGUGAAGAAGCACAUCAAGAACCUGUUGGACAUGAUGGUGGCCGAGGAGGAGAGCCUGAAGGAGCGUCUCCUGAAGAGCAUCGCGCUGUGUCGGAAGGAGCUGGACACCCUCUGCAGGGAGCUCCAGCUGGACCCCUUGGAGGUGGAGGAAGAAGGUACCAUUCUGCAGAUGGAGAAGAAUUUGCGCACCCACGUGGAGAUUUUGUUAAAGCAGAAGAAGGACAGGAAGCAGGAGCUGGAAACCCUGCAAGAAGAAGACCGAGACUUGUGCGACAUCCUCUGUACACCCGUGUUCCAGAUUGACAGCAACGCUGUGCCCAGUCAGGAGGACCUGGAUCGCUACAGGCGGCACUUGGCCUCACUGGUGGCCGAGAAGGAGAACAGGCACAAAGAGUUUGUCAGUGCUAAGCGGCAAAUCAUCCUCUUGAUGGAGGAGCUGGACCACGAUCCGGAGACCAGCUUUGAGCUCGACGUGGUGUACGAGUCCGAGGAAACUUUCUGCCUGUCCGCAGACAACAUCGCUGCCCUGCAGACCCUGCUGCAGCAGCUGCAGGCCCGGCGCGCGCUGAACGAAGCCGUGUGCGCGGAGCUGCGCUCCAGGAUCACUGCGCUCUGGGACAGGCUGCAGGUCCCGGACGAGGACAGAGACGCCUUCGCGGUGCACAUGACCGGGUGCAGAGCCAAGACCAGGAAAGCUCUGCAGCUGGAGGUGGAUCGUCUGGAGGAGCUGAAGCUGCAGAACAUGAAGUCUGUGAUCCAGGCGAUCCGGGCAGAACUGGCCGAGUUCUGGGACAAGUGCUUCUACAGCCAGGAGCAGAGGGAAGCCUUCAGCCCCUACUACGAUGAGGACUACACAGAGACCCUUCUUGAGCUGCACGACACUGAGGUGCUGAAGAUUAAGAACUACUAUGAAACACACAAGGAGCUGUUUGAGGCGGUGCUGAAGUGGGAGGAGAACUGGAGGCUGUUCCUGGAGCUGGAGAGGAAAGCAACUGACCCCAGUCGCUUCACCAACCGCGGGGGAAACCUGCUGAAAGAGGAGAAGCAGCGGGCGAAGCUGCAGAAGACCCUUUCCAAGCUGCAGGAGGAGCUGGAUACCCGAGUCCAGGCCUGGGAGCAGGAGCACGAGAGGACCUUCCUGGUGAAGGGGCAACAGUUCAUGGAGUACGUGAGGGGGCAGUGGGAGCUCUUCCACCAGGAGAAGGAGAAGGAGAAGCAGGAGCGGCAACUGAAGAAAAGCCGGCAGAUGGAGGCAGAGAUGCUGUACGGGAGCACCCCACGGACCCCUGUCAAGCGCCGGGUGCUCAGCCCCCACACACCUCACAAAGUGAGGAAGCUCAAUGGCACGGCCCUCUCCAACGCCACCCCCAACAGCACCAUGCGCUCAGCCUGUGGGAGAACCAUCUACCAUCUGCCAACGUCGCGGCUGCCGCCCUCCGGGGGGAAGUCUGGCCAGGCCCGGACCCCCGGCCCCCCAGCCACGAAGCCCCGGCGUCCUGGACACAAUGAGCGCAACAAGGAGAACGUGCAGCUGAACGGAACCGCCCUGAGCGGUGGGUGCAUGCCCGUAGCCCCUGCCCAGCGUAACCACAGCAUUAAUUCUGUUGCCAGCACCUAUUCUGAGUUUGCGCGCGAACUUUCAAAAGCUUCCAGGUCUGAGACCAGCCCCUGCAUCCUCAACUCCACCAUCGCCUCCUCCAUGGACGCUGACCCCGGCUCUGGCUGCUCCUCGGCAUAGUGAAUCUGCGCAGGCACAGUGUCCCGCACCUCCCAUGGUGUCCCCUGCUCCGGGGUCACCCGUUACCCUGUCCCCAAUGGGGCGCAGCCAGCCUGGCUCUCUGUGGGGCGGGGGGGUGGAAGGGACACUUUAAAAAAAACCAAACCACACAUCCUUGCUUUCCUUUGGGGAAUUUUUUUAAAAACUUACUGUUAUGCAGGGCAGGGGCGUCAAAGUGACAUUUUAAAAAGAAUAAAUAAUCUUGCUUGCUUUUGUUAGGGUGGGGGGGCACAGGCUCUGCUGCAGCCUGGCUGGGGCUGAGCGCGGGCUCUGCCGUGCUGAGUGUGCUCAGGACAGACACCCCAAUUCGGAGAGCUGCCCUCUGUGCCUUUUCUCCAGGGCUUUUCCCCUCCCUGUUGCUGUAGCUCUUGUCUAUCACGACGUUCGCUUCCAGCUGCCCUAGCAGGUUUGUUUUAGCAGGACUGGCUGCAGAUUCCCCGGGCACAGGGCUGAGGGGCUCGUCUGUGCACGGCUGUGGGGUGUGGGGGUCCCUGGGGGCAGCAGUUUGGGCUGGUGUCCCGGGGAUGGCAGCGGGGCCCCUUCCAGGAGCCCCCGCUGUGCAGUUUGUUCCUGCCCCCUCUGCCUGGCCCUGCCUGGGUGAGGACAGCGAGCCCCGUUCAACCUGCCCUGGGGACCUGUUUGCACCUUUGUUAACAAAGCUCUUGUCUGUGUCUGUCUCUGAUCAUGACUAAUUUGCACCUUGUUAUCACUACAGCCCCCCAUUUGCUGUUAUUUAUUCUCCAGGUUUUUUGUACCCUUGCUCUGUAACUCUGUAUAUACUGUUGAUGAGAAUAAAAGAUGUAUGUGUAGAUA